AUCUUCCGAACUAUAAAAAAAGAUUCUUACUAGAUGUAAGGAGAAAAGAGAAAAAUACAAAAGGUAAUAAAAUCUCAAAACUAGUGACCUAUUUUUAUCCUGUAAAAUUUUAGAAACAAAUCCAUCACCAUUACCUGAAAACCACACAUGUUUGAGUUUGUUAAAACUGACUGUGACAAGUGUCAUACAAUGAGAUGAUUAUCAUCGACUCAUUUUUUAUGUAUUUAACAACAAAAAGCUCCUUAUGCAACCUUGGACUUGAAAACACAAGUGAGAAUAACAAAAUAGAUGUCACUUGUGAGAGAGAGACGUCACCAAGAACCACUCACAUUCUCUAUUCCACCACCACCAUAUUACCACGGCAUCCCCAGAGACCCAUCUCCGUCCUCAUUUUCAUCAUCAAACCCUGACUCAUCAUCGCCGGUUCAAACCUUGAACGAUCUCGAGAAACUCACCGUUUUAGGACAAGGAAGCAACGGGACAGUUUACAGAACCCGUCACCGGAGAACCACAGCUCUCUACGCAUUAAAACUCAUCCGGUCAGAUCUCAGCAUAACUACUGUUGAAGCUGACACUCUCAAGAGAAUCGAAUCAAGCUUCAUCGUAAAAUGCUACGCCGUUUUUGCUAACUCAUCCGAUCUUUGUUUUGUGAUGGAGCUUAUGGAGAAAGGAUCUCUCCAGGACAUGUUGCUUGCCCAACACGUUUUGCCUGACCCGGUGAUAUCGACUCUCGCUAACAGAAUCCUCCAAGGGUUACGUCAUCUUCAAGAAAUGAGAAUAGUCCAUGGAGACAUAAAGCCUUCGAAUCUACUCAUUAACAAAAAAGGAGAGGUCAAGAUCGCGGAUUUUGGUGCGAGCCGGAUUGUAACUAGAGGAGACUAUGGUUCGAGCGGGACGUGUGCGUAUAUGAGUCCUGAACGUGUGGAUCCAGAUAAAUGGGGAUUUGAAGAGAUUGGUUUUGCUGGGGAUGUGUGGUCUUUAGGUGUUGUGGUUCUUGAGUGUUGUCUUGGAAGGUAUCCAUUGACUAAAGUUGGAGAUAAACCGGACUGGGCGGCUCUGGUUUGUGCAAUUUGUUGUAAUGAGAAAGUGGAGAUUCCAGUGAGUGGUACGUUGGAGUUUAGAGAUUUUGUUGGGAGAUGUUUGGAGAAGGACUGGACGAAAAGAGGCACAGUGGAUGAGCUUCUUUAUCAUCCUUUUGUGAAAAACAGACAGUAGCUAGUCUAGUCUCUCUCACAAGUUUUGUUCCUUUUCAUCUGGAGAGUGAUAGGUCUGAAUAUUAUGUUUUCCGGUUUGAUUUUCAAGAUUGAUUAUUACCAUUUCAGUUUCUUUUUGAAACUUUUUAGUUUUGCUCAAAUUCAGUUUUGGAUAAGAUUUCUUCUAAUAAUAUUUUU